AUGGCACCAACGACCACCAAGGACCAACCAAACACCCAAGCCCCAACCCUCUCCACAGACGCCGUCCUCAAACCCUCCGCCCCCGUCCCCGCCGACGUCCACGAAGUCUCCGGCAUCGAGUUCAACGACUACGCCGGCCGCGACGUCACCGUCGCCGAACUCGUCUCCGACAUGACGACCACGGGGUUCCAAGCCAGCGCCGUCGCCGACGCCGUCCGCAUCAUCAACGACAUGCGCCGGUUCCGCGACCCGGCCACGGGCGCGAAGACGACCCUCUUCCUCGGCUACACCUCCAACCUCGUCUCGUCCGGGCUCCGCGCCACGCUGCGCUACCUGGUCCAGCACGCCCACGUCUCCGCCGUCGUGACGACGGCCGGCGGCGUCGAGGAAGACCUCAUCAAGUGCCUCGCGCCCACCUACCUCUCCUCCUUCGGCGCCGACGGCGCCGACCUCCGCCGCCGGGGCAUGAACCGCAUCGGCAACCUCGUGGUGCCCAACAGCAACUACUGCGCCUUCGAAGACUGGGUCGUCCCCAUCCUCGACGCCAUGCUCGCCGAGCAGGAAGCCUCCAAGCGGACCGCCCCCCGCGACGAGGACCGCCUGGUCUGGACGCCCAGCGCCGUCGUCGCCCGCCUCGGCGCCGAGAUCGCCGACGAGUCCUCCAUCCUCUACUGGGCGCAGCGGAACUCGAUCCCCAUCUUCUGCCCCGCCCUCACCGACGGCUCCCUCGGCGACAUGCUCUACUUCCACUCCUUCCGCUCCGCCCCCGCCGUCCUCGACAUCUCCAUCACCCGCGACAUCCGCAAGCUGAACGACAUCGCCAUCAACGCCCGACGCGCCGGCAUGAUCAUCCUCGGCGGCGGCUUGGUGAAGCACCACAUCGCCAAUGCGUGCCUGAUGCGGAACGGCGCCGAGAGCGCCGUCUAUGUGAACACGGCGCAGGAGUUUGACGGGAGCGAUGCGGGAGCCCGGCCGGACGAGGCGGUCAGUUGGGGGAAGAUCAAGGUGGGGGGUGACAGCGUCAAGGUGUAUGCGGAGGCUACGGUUGUGUUUCCACUCAUCGUGGCAGCUACGUUCGCAAAGGCUGGGCAGAAGGGAGGGGAUUGA